UAAUUCCCCUAUAAAAACAACUGCUUCUUCACCAGUAGAACUUACACAAUUUCCAGAAUGUCUUCAUGGGUUUCAUUCAUGGUGGUGCUCCUUUGUUUCUCCAUUAAUGGCGUCGCGGAUGCCAGACACCGGAAACAACUGCACUCUCCAGCCAUUGUCGUCGGAACUGUCUACUGUGACACUUGCUUCCGUCAAAAAGUAUCCAAAUCCACCCAUUUCAUUUCAGGUGCGAAGGUGGCAGUGGAAUGCGGCGGCGAUGGUGGGAAGCAGAGUUUCCGGGUAGAAGUGAAGACGAACGAGAAGGGUGUGUUUGAAGCUAAACUGCCGGUUUCAGUUGGUAGAAGUGUGGAGAAAAUCAAAGGGUGUUCAGUGAGAUUGAUUAGCAGCGGCCAGCCGUACUGUGCGGUUGCGGCAACCGCCACCUCGUCGGAGAUUCGUUUUAAGUCGAAGAAGGCGGGGACUCAUGUUUUCUCAGCUGGGUUUUUCACUUUUAAGCCCGAAUUGUGUAACCAGAAAGAUUCUAUCGGAAAAGGUUUUCCACCGGCGCUUCCUGAUAUUCCUGCGCCGUUCUUGCCGCCGAUCGGUGGAGGCAUUUUACCUACCCUUCCGGUGCCGGAUGUACCCAUGCCACCUCUAAUUCCCCCGCUACCACAGCUCCCUGGUAUUCCACUUCCACCUGUUACCCGCCAAAAAUCAUCGGAAUCCGAUAGAUUGGCCGAUCAAAAAAGUUUUGGUUUCCCAUUUCCACCGCCACUGUUCCCACCGCUGCCGUUUGUGCCAUCGCCGCCGUCAUUGAUUCCUCCCGUCAUUCCAUCACCACCACCGUCAUUGUUUCCUCCCCUCGUUCCAUCACCACCACCAUCAUUGUUUCCUCCCCUAGUUCCAUCACCACCAUCAUCGUUGUUUCCACCAUUGCCGUUUCCACCUGUACCAGGUUUGAUUCCAUCACCGCCGCCGCCACCGCCGCCGGCAUUCCCAAUUCCUCUGCCUCCACUACCUCCACUACCUCCACUACCUCCGGUACCAGGAUUCCCUACAGUCCCACCGGCGAAAACCUCCCCUUGAUUAAACUCGUAUAUAUAUAUAUAUAAUAUUAUUACUGCAUAACCUUUUGAAGUAACCUUUCCAUACAUACGCGCGUAUUACAUUUAUGGGUAUUGUAAUUGUAGCAUGAAUAAAUCUUACCUGGUAAAAUGGUUGGGAUUCCUAUAAAUAGUUUAAAAUUUUUGAGAUCCAAUUAUGCGUUCUGAGUAUUGUUUAAUAGAUAGC